AUGCUGUUUGUGAUGACGGCAGGGAGCAUAGGGAACCUAAGGGUGCGAAUCGGGGAAACCAUAAAUGCACUUGAUGAGAAUUGGAAUUGGGUGCAUCUGGGAAACGCUCAGCAUGUGUGCAUGUUCUUUGGCUUCUUGUUUUGGGGGGUCAUCGGGAUGCUGAUGGAUAAGGGGUAUCCCUUUCCGCCGUAUGCUGAUCAUGCCUUCAUAAUACUUGCCCUGAUCGUGGAGUGGCUCCUAUUCGCCAACCACCUCCAUGGCCGAUAUCCUCUCGACGUCCUUACUCACACUUUGCUUGGAAACGUGUUGACAAGCGGCAUACUGCUGGGUUUCCUGAACGCCUGGAAGAACUCCCAGAUACUUCCGAUCCUUGCCCUCACGUAUACAAUGCUCGUCCAAGGAACUUGGUUCUGGCAAGUUGGAUUCAUCCUGUACCCUCCUUGGGAGAAAACAUGGAACGAGGAAAGCCACGAUCACAUGACCAUCGCCACUGUGAUCUUCGUCGCCCACUUAUUCAUCGAUGCAUUACUCAUUCUGAUUCUCAACGGUUUCAUUGAGAGUUGCUUGCGAGGACAAGGACACCAUGGAAAGGACUCAGAAGAGGAGGAAUGGAUGCUAUCGGAAGAGAAGCUGGAUGAGAAGGCAAGCGCUAUCAUGUAA